AUGCUCAACAACGACACUCUGAGACUGCUCUAUGAAGAGUGCUGCUUGGAAUCGUGUCUAGCACUUGGGGAGGUGUGUAAGGCGUCGUCAGAAGUGCUGGCGUCACUCGACAAGAGCCUGAUUAUGAGAAAGGUGCAGGACCGAGCCCCCUGGCUCGAAUUAAGUAACGAAUACUUGUCCUGGACGAAAUGUGCUCGUGUUCUUAUUGCCAGAAGCAAAAAGGCUCAGGAUGGAAAGUACGACAAGUUAAAAAUCAUCACCGACCUUCGACAAGUGGACUCAGAGAGCUCAAUUGAUCUUGUCAGUGUCGAACCAACUGAUGUCGGUAGAGAUGACACUCUUCGACGGGCCAUGAAGCCCUUGUUCCCCUAUUCCCGGUUGCAAAACUUGUUAAAACAACAACAGUCUGUGGUCGAAGGAACCAAGGUUCUUUGUGAACUUCAAGAGCUAGAUCUCACCACCAUGACACUCAAAGUGAGUGAUUACGAUCCAGAAGACAAACUGUACGCUGAGCGUAACCGCAAGCCCGUGUCUACAGCUCCCUCGGGCCUGAAAGUGAGGCACAGUGAAGGUCAAGACGUGGAGGUAGUGGCGGAAAACAAGACCAUGCUACAGGUUCAAUAUUAUGUGGGAGACACCGAGACUGAAUUUGAUGAGAUUGUGCACAAGGCUUCUCAGCCUCGAGACGAGGACGGAACACUUGUUAUUGAUCCACAUAUGAAAGCCCCCCGCAUCGAGGCCAAUUUCAAUGUGGAUAUGGGCAUGGUCAAUCUAGUACCAGGUUCCGGUGGAGCUCUCGUCAUCCAGCACUUCGUUUUGAAUCCAGAAAAGUCUUACUUGGGGUACAUUGAGCCCUCGUCUGAAAGAAGAGUCGUUGAACUGUGCAAAAUCCCCCCACAGGUGCAAACUCAGGGCAUUGGCUUCCACCAAGGCAACCAGUGGUUCUACGUUCUCUAUGAUGGGUUCAUUUACAUUUACUUGUAUGGCCGAUUUCUUCAGCUGUGGAUUGAUUUGGGGGCCGGUCAAAACCGGGCUCUGACUGUCUGGAACUCCGACUUUCCGGCUAUUGGCCCAUUUGGACAUUUCAGAGAUCAGAGAGCCACAUGGAAUAUUACCCAGGGAGGUCUAAAUGACGAUCAAAGGCGAUUUGUGACGAUCGAAGAUGAGCCCUGUGGAUGUGUGGUUGGAGACCUCCACACGGGAAAAACGUACUAUUCUCGAGGGUCCUACAAGAGCCCCAAGCUGACAAUCCCGUUUGCCACAGAGUCCCAAACAGUCGGCUUCUAUGUCUUUGAUGAGCAAAUCUGGGAGUUCAUUGAUAACACCAUGGACAGUCUUUAUGGGACAGCGACCAACUAUGACAUUUCGCUGCUUUACGCCGCCUUCUUGGAGACACAUCACAAGAUGUUGGGGUUGAUAGAGACAGAUGAGGAGCCGUCAAAGGAGACACUAGAGAAAGAGCUCAGAGAGCAUGUGUGUUGUUUCCCCCGAGAUGACUCUGACUAUGGAGAUUAUGAAGAUGAAGAUGGGCAGGAGGAGGAGCUAUUGGAGAUGUUGGACGAUUUGGAAGAAAGGGUGGAGAAUUUGACCAUUUAA